AAAUAAUUCAAUUUCUUAAACUAUUUAAUUUAAAGAAUUAAUUAAAUUAAUUCGUUUAGUAUCAAAAUUUGUUGUUAAUUAAAUAAUUAUUCACAUGGAGUUGGUCAUAACACCUGAACCUCAUUUAAUACCAGGCUACACCGGUCAUUGUCCUCAAUUUCGUUUUCGUGAAGGCAAGACUUAUGGCAAACUAUCACAUAAACUACUCAUUGAUCCCUGCACCAAACAUGCUCCCGAGCUCAUUGUUACACCACCCACCCAGCCGACUCUUGUGGACUAUCCCACCGAAAAGGAAAUCAAUACCUUACGGGAACGUAUUUAUUUCGUGGAUCCAGUCUAUCAACAUCCUAUUAUACCAGGCUACGAUGGUUUUAUACCAAAUGUGGUUAGUAAAACGGGCAAACGUUUUAUGGCUGCCGCUACAGCUGGAAUAGCAGAGCAUGAGGCUUUGGUGGAAUUGUUAAGAUGUGAGAGACAGUUAUUAGAACAUCGUGAUAUAUUGGAAAGUGGUAAAGGGCGUUUUGAUGCUAAAUUAAAAGAAAGAAUGAUUCCAAGCACUGUUUACCGCUCACCUUUGAUUGCUGUUAAAUCCAGAGGUCAAGCUAUAGAAUUGGAAAAGAAUAAAGAUGAAAAGGAAAAAGAGCCUUAUACUAAAUUCACAGUGCCACAUUUUAUGGAGAAUGAAAAUAAGGAGAAAUAUAUUGUAAAUGGUUACGCUGGUCACAUACCCAUGACCAUGACACGUUUCGGUCAAAGUAAUAAACAGCUGACAAACAGUGCUCUGUGUGAAUUUACCAACAAUUACCAUCAUCGCAAAAGUGACGAAUGGUGUCCCAUGGAGAUGAGUGGUGUCGCCUCCUCCAGUCCUAAUGCCGGACAAUUUGUCAUCUAUCAUCGAACGAAUGGUAUGGUGCCGUCAUAUGCGGGUCAUGUACCCGGUGAACUUUUUUCAUUUGGUCGCACGUUUGGUAACUCAACAAUUGAUGCUAAAAAUUGGUUGGCAUUGCACAAGGAUUGAUGACAUGUUCUUGAUACUGGAUCAACUGCAAAAAAUACUAGAUUUAUUUAAAAUGGUUAAAUGUGAUUGUGUGCGCGCUCGUGUAUAUGAAUGUGUUCUAUUUAAUGUAUUAAAUAAAUUUUAGUUUAUUGCUGUAUUGUGCACUUAAUUUUGUGUAUUAAAAUUGGAGCAAAUUAUUUUAGUGCAUGCAAAUUUAAGUUUGAUGAAAUAAAUUGUUAUAUGGAUUUUUGUUUUAAAAUAAAAAAUAAAUUUUUGUUGAAA